AUGCCUUUACGAUUGGAUGUGAAAAAGAAAUUGUUGGCUAGAUCAGAUCGUGUCAAGUGUGUUGAUUUACAUCCAACCGAAACAUGGAUGCUUGUGGCGCUUUACAACGGCAACGUUCAUGUCUGGAAUUACGAAAAUCAGCAGCUUGUGAAAUCUUUCGAGGUCUGCGAACUACCAGUGCGAUGCGCGAAAUUUAUUCCGCGCAAAAAUUGGAUAAUAACAGGAUCGGAUGAUAUGCAUGUCCGUGUUUUUAAUUACAAUACUCUGGAACGAGUACAUCAGUUUGAAGCACACUCCGAUUACUUGCGCUCCAUCGCUGUCCACCCAUCGCAAUCUUUCAUUUUGACCUCUAGUGAUGAUAUGCUUAUCAAACUUUGGGAUUGGGAUAAUAAAUGGAGUGUGAAGCAAACUUUUGAAGGUCAUACUCAUUAUGUAAUGCAGUUGGUUAUUAAUCCAAAAGACAACAAUACUUUUGCAACUGCCUCACUUGACAAGACAGUGAAAGUUUGGCAGUUUGGUAGUUUUACAGCAAAUUUCACUUUGGAAGGUCAUGAAAAAGGUGUGAAUUGUGUUGAUUAUUAUCAUGGUGGUGAUAGACCAUAUCUAAUUUCGGGUGCAGACGAUCGUCUUGUUAAAAUAUGGGAUUACCAAAAUAAAACAUGUGUUGCUACUCUGGAUGGGCAUGCACAGAAUGUAUCAGCGGUCUGCUUCCAUCCUGAAUUACCGGUUAUUAUCACUGGUUCAGAAGAUUCGACAGUUAGGCUGUGGCAUGCCAGUACGUAUAGGUUGGAGACGACUCUCAAUUAUGGUCUUGAACGUGUUUGGUGCAUUCACGCCUUGCGAGGUUCAAAUACAAUUGCUAUUGGCUAUGAUGAAGGUUCGGUAACAGUAAAAUUGGGUAGGGAAGAACCAGCUGUUAGUAUGGAUUCAGGUGGAAAGAUUUUAUGGGCUAAGCAUUCCGAAUUGCAGCAAGCUAAUUUGAAAACACUUGAUGCCGCCACGUUAGAACAAAUACAAGAUGGUGAGCGUAUUUCACUGUCAGUAAAAGAUGUAGGUUCAUGCGAAAUAUACCCCCAAACAUUGGCUCAUAACUCUAACGGACGUUAUGUAGUUGCUUGUGGUGAUGGUGAAUACAUUGUUUAUACUGCGAUGGCUUUGCGUAACAAGGCUUUUGGUUCUGGUUUAGAAUUUGUGUGGAGUACUGAUCCUUCAGAAUAUGCAGUCCGUGAAUCAGCAUCGAGCAUUAAAAUUUUCAAGAAUUUCAAGGAGGUACGCACGUUACGUCCUGAUGUGAUUAUGGAAGGCAUAGAAGGUGGACCACUAAUUGCUGCUCGUUCUGUGAAUGCCUUAUGCUUUUUUGAUUGGGAGACAGGAUCUUUGAUCCGUAGAAUAGAAAUAUCAGCCAAACACGUUUAUUGGUCGGACAGCGCUGAAAUGGUCGCAAUUGCUAGUGACGAUACGUUUUACAUAUUGAAAUAUAAUAAGGAAGCGGUAGAAAAUGUAACAGCAACUGAUAUUGAUGGCAUCGAGGAUGCUUUCGACGUCAUUGGUGAAGUACAGGAAAGUGUCAAGACAGCAAUAUGGAUUGGUGAUUGCUUCAUAUUUACGACUGACUUAAAUCGACUGAAUUAUUAUGUCGGAGGAGAAAUAGUCACUAUUGCUCAUAUGGAUCGUCCUCUCUAUUUACUGGGUUAUACUCCAAAGGAAAGCAGGCUAUACUUGUGUGACAAAGACCAUAACUUCGUCUCCUAUCGUUUGUUGUUAUCAGUUCUCGAGUAUCAAACUGCAGUUAUGCGUAGAGAUUUUGACACAGCAAAUACUAUGUUACCCGUAAUACCACGUGAUCAUCGAACUCGUGUAGCGCAUUUCCUCGAGAAACAAGGAUUCAAAAAGCAAGCUCUGGUAGUUAGUCAAGAUCCAGACCAUCGCUUUGAGCUUGCUCUCUCCCUUGGAGAUUUAAAACUGGCAUAUGAUCUUGCCGUAACUGCUGAUUCGGAAGAAAAGUGGCGACAGCUUUCUCAAGCAGCUACACUGAAGAGUGAACUUAUGUUGGCCGGGGAAUGUCUUGGUCGGGCCCGUGAUUAUGGUGGAUUAUUACUGUUGGCUACAUCUGCCGGAUCAGCUGCAUUAUUAUCUAAGUUGGCAUCCGAUGCACAACUUUCAACGCAGCAUAACUCAUCUUUUCUUUCAUACCUUCUGCUCGGCGACUUGGAUAAAUGUUUGGAAAUUUUGAUUUCGACCGACCGCCUUCCGGAGGCUACGUUUUUUGCACGUACAUAUUGUCCAUCUCAGGUUGAUCGCGUUGUGUCAUUAUGGAAAGAGAAGAUUUCCCGUAAGAUAUUAGACGGACAGAAGAACAUCGGUGAAAGUCUCGCGGAGCCAUCAAAAUAUCCGAAUCUUUUCUCGGAUUUUAGUGAAACACUAAAAGCUGAGCGGUUCCUAAAAGAAUUAGCGAAGUUACCAAUUAAAGCGUCAGCGCAUCCACCAACUAAUGCACAGCGUAAUAUUCUUGAAGAAAUGGCGGAGGCUGAAAAAUCAGGUGCAUUAAUCUUUCAUAAAGAUGGAGCUGCGGAAUUGUUGAGAAACGGAAGUACUGUUCUGGACAGCAGGAUUAUGGAAGCAUCUCAGACUGCAACCGACACAACCUUACUAUCCGCAAAUGCACAGACUGUUCUGAAUUCCUCGAAAACAUCGCUUACCACUUCUAGUAGUUCACUGUCGCAGAUUUCAUCCAAAACUUUUUAUAAGUCUUGCACAGCUCCAGUUUUUCAAGCUGAUGCAACAGUUACAAACGACUCUUCUAAAUGUGUGUUGGGACUACGCCUUUGUUCACCAGCAUCUCACAGUUCAGCGGCUCGUUCAUCAUCUCAAGAUGUCACAACUUCAGCUGAUAUAAAUUCUGACAUUACUGAAAACAGCGAAGAAGAUGAGGGGAAUUUGUUGGAUGCAGCCAUGGGUCCAGACAUUGUACGCGACCGUGCUCGACCAGAUAUCGUUCCUUCAGAUGGAGGACCGGACGUUGUUGGAAGUGCUGUUCAACCACAGCCCGAAGCAAGUGUGGUGCAAGAUGCAGAAAUAAGAAAUCAAGAGGGAGUAAUAGCUUGGAGCGAUAACGAAGACGAUGAUCAGUUUGAUGACGAUGCUGCAUUCAAUAUUGAUGAUCUGAAUUUAGAAAAUAAUGAGUGA